UCCGCCGGCGAGGACCAGCUCGCGGCCUUCGUGCGCCACAACGGCCCCGUGCAGAUCGGCAUCGACGCGGACGUCUUCAAGAACCUGGACGACGACCACCACAUCACGCCCGACCGCUGCGGGAACUUCACGGCGAUCGACCACAGCCUGGGCAUCGUGGGCUACAACGCGACGGCGGACAAGGGCGCCUACUGGAUCGUCAAGAACAGCUGGGGCGACGCGUGGGCGGACCACGGCUUCCUCUACGUCGCGCGCGGCGUCGGCUGCGGCAACAUCUUCGGGAGCGGCGGCCACGUGUACACUUAUGGCGACCCGUCCUUUUAUUACGACGCGUAA